AUGGACCAGCUGAAUUUUCAGUUAGUAACGAGCAAUAAAUCUGGACCUUGCGAAUGUCGCCGUCCCAGUUCAAUACCAACAUCGUGGAUGGCGCCAGCGAGAGCAGAAACGGAUGGAAAAAUGCUGGAACUUGCACGACGAGUGAAGACAGGCCAUCUAAAUUUGAGAAGGGAAAUUGCGAGAACUGGUGAUGUAGGAAAACAGUUAGACCUUUAUACCGAAUUGGGUGAACUUCAACGAUCUAAUGGCGACUACGAGUCAGCAGUGGAUUCGUACAAGGAAGCUGCUCAACUUGCCACAGCCCUUGGCAACCACUUUGAUCUUUCCUUCGUUUACAGAGCUUUAGCAGAAAUUCAUGCCGAAGAGGGGGAACGAAAGCAAGCUUUAGAAUACAUCAAUCUUUUUCGACAAACUGCGCAAAUGAGUGAAAGCUGUUCUCAAAUUCAAUUGUCUUUGCAUGUUACUGGAUGGAUCUAUGAAAAAUUAGCUAUGCAGCAAUCGAACAAUCCAGCUGAUUUGGAAGAGGCUUUAUCGUGGUGCGUAAAAAGUAUAGAUUAUAUCAAGAAAACUGGACACAGAAUUGACGCCGACAAGAAGGCAGUGAGAAUUGGAGGAGACUCUGCGAGAAGAAAAGCUGGUUUGGAAAGGCUGUGCUCUGGAAUAUGCGCAAAUCUUCAACGACGCGUUGAAGCGGAGAAGUUUUGGAAUUUGGCGUAUGCUUAUGCGAAGCGAAGCCAAGACAUCGAGCUUGAAUAUCAGCUUCUUCUGGCUCGGAUAGACUUCUCCUGGGAAUCGCCAUUGAAAAACGCUCAAAGACUAGUCAACUUUGCACCUUCAAAGAGGAAAGGCCUAGCAAUAAUGGAAUUGGCGCAGGUUCUAAUGUUCGCUGGCGAUUUCCUGGCUGCACAAAAUGCCCUUUUUGAAUGUUUAUUGCAUAACAAAUCGACUUUGGCCCCCGAUGAUGCUGAACUCCUUGACGCUCGAGUAAUUUUUUUGUACAAGUAUUUCAACAGAUUGGACCGGGCAAGAGAUCCUAGCUGCUCUCGCAGUGAACGACGGAAGAUGUACGAGCUUAUUGCAGACUCUUUCUGCUCUUAUGGGUGA